UGGCGGAGGAGUGGAGAGAAGGGAGGAGGGGGGCUUGCAAUUGGGGUCGUACGAGGUGAAGCCAGGCCCUUGAAUGAACUCAUCUGGCGAGGAGACAAAUACGGCUGUCCGCUGCGGGAGAGGGGCACAGGCGAUCGCGGCGCGCUGGGACAAGGAGCGCACAAGACGGAGCGGCAGAUGAACACCACAACUCACAUUCCUUGUGGUGGGUGAAUAAAUGAGGAAGUUGAAGUCGGCCUUCUUCCCCCGAGAUGGCUUCAGUCUGAGGGGGCACUGAUCCUCUGUGUAUGCCAAGGAACACGAUGGAGCACAUGAGGCGCUAACAGAACCCAACCUGCAGAGUGGACAUUUGGAAUCGAGCAGCUGGCCGUCCAGAAAUGAGUGGACCAAUGCUAGGCAGUGCCAUCCCUCACCCAGCCUCCGAAUUCCUGCAGGAGGUCUUUCCCCCUCUUCACGUACCCACUUCGCUGACCUUUACGGAGGAAGCUGCAUCCAUCCUGACCACCAAUGGUCUCCUGGCCCGCUCUCUGCUCGGACCUGUGCCCGCCAAGCGUAAAGGAGUCAACGGCUUGCGAAGGAAAAGGGAAUUCAUACCGGAUGACAAAAAGGACAAUGGCUACUGGGAUAAGAGGAAGAAAAACAACGAGGCGGCCAAGCGCUCCCGUGAAAAACGACGGGUCAGCGACAUGGUCUUGGAGAACAGGGUCCUCGCCCUCCUGGAGGAGAAUGCCCGGCUCAGAACCGAACUGCUGGCGCUCAAAUUCCGGUUUGGACUUGUCAAGGAUCAUUCCGAAGUGGCCGUCCAUUCCUUGUCGUGCCCAGUGAGCGGCCCCCAGCAGGGUUCUGCCAAAUACCACCCUGGACCAGCAGGUCACUCCAGCUCUUUUCCUUAUUUGGCGCAGCCUCCUUGUCCAGCCGAGGGACGUUCCCAUAUCCAUCCCCAGGGAUUUGCAGGUCGCCCGUUGAGUGACAACCGUGAAACUCCUAACUUUUCGGAAGACUCAGGGUUUUCCACCCCGGGGGGCUCACGCGUCAGUAGUCCACUGUUCUUUGAUGACCGGCUCAGUGAACAUGGCAGAUACUCUCCUCCAGGCUUUGAGGGGCAAAUGUGUGCCAGGAUUAGCGACCUAGAGACAGAGUCCCUUGAAACCAUAGGAGAAGGGAAUUGCCCCAGCGAAGUCGUGCCAACAGGCAGGCUUGACCCCGGGGAUGGCAUCAAGAGCCUCCCCCACAAGCUACGCUUUAAGGCAGCAGGAGGUCCGGAGUGUGUGGAGCCAACCCCAGAAUCCUUCAUGCCACAAGGGAAGACCCUGGCACCAACUGUCUGCAGGGGGCCAGUUGAAGAACAGACGUAUACUUGUGUCCAGCAGAGGGGUCCCUUGGACCGUAGGGGCAUGCAGUCUGGGUGGCACAGACAAGGUGUAGGAUCCAAAGGACAGAUGUCAGUUGACUCUGGGUACUGUGCCCGGCACCGGGCGCCUUCGGGUAACGAAGCUGGCAGCCCUUCCGACAGCUCCGCACUCAAAUCCCAACUGGCCUUCUUGUCAGAGGAGGUUGCCCAACUGAAGAGGCUCUUCUCUCAUCACCUUCUGCCGAAAGCCCUCUGAGCCCAGGAGACGAUCACGCUGGCUUCACUUCUGAGCGACUAACCUCUUGUCUCAGGAAGGGCAUUGAACAAACGGGCAUGGCUUCAUUAACAAGAGUCCACAGAGAAGCCACCCGAAACUUUAGCUCCACAUUGUGGGCGCCACCAGGUGGAGGAGACAGAAUAUGGCAACCUUGAAAGUCAAAAAAAAAAAAGCUGGAGGGCGUUGUAAUCAAACGCCAUGAUGGUCGCUCUGCUCCGACCAGACCCCUUUACACGGGGAGCGUUUUAAAGAGGGGCGCUGGCUUUGAAUCUGGAGAAUAGCUGUCUUCUCGGAGGGUCCAUCCUUUUUGUCUUUUAUCUCUCUAUGUAUAUAUGAUAUGGCGACUGUCAAGCAUACCAGAAACGGCAAGUUGGCUCGGAGGGGGUCCUCACUGGGUGGGGUGGGAUGCCAGAGCCCUCCCGUGUUCAGUAAUCCUCUCCGUGCUUAGCCAUUUAUGAUAAAGCUUUACCCACAGCUGUGCUGACUACAUGGCACUGCGGCUCUGCAAGUGCAACGUGUGGUGUUACUGUUUUGUGGCACAUUAGGGGGUGAACGGUGAUAAAUAAAGAAAUCAUCUCAUUACUAAGGUGCUAAAUAAUUAAAUAAAUGAACACGUACCUCAUGGCAUACCUUUGUUACAUUCUAGCAGAGAGUGGAGGAUUACUGACUACAGGAGGGUCGGACACCAGGCCCCGCCCACACCCGACCCCGCCCCAUCCCUCAGCGAAGGCCACUUCAAACAGCCUGCAUGUGUAACUGAGAAUGGGCGGCUUGUGCUCUGGUAGGUUUAGUGCAGACGGUCACCGACGCGCAGCUCGAUGUCACAACUGGGACAGCAGCCACGUGUUUCAUGGGCGCACUUUUCUGUCGUUUGCACCCGAGAGGGUAGAAUAUCAGUGCCUGAUCCACGCAUUGUGUCAUCCUAGGCUCCCACAGGGCAAAGCGUGUGAACAUGGACAGCUUGUGAGCCAUCCCUAGGAGGGGGGGACUGACGUCUUUCUUGUCCUUCACACCCAUUUUGCCUUUUUGUCACACACUCUCAGCAGCUCGGGCUCCUGCUCCAGUUUCACUAUCCGUGGUUCAGUUUCGGUUUAUCAUUAAGUUGCCCUUUACGGCUUUUCGUUUCCCACCAUGUUUUUCUUUGUUGGCUCCGCCCCACUCAUGAAUAUUAACGAGGUACCGUUAAGUGACAGAAGGCCUAGAGAUAUUCCUGCUGUUUUGCAGCGUGGUGUUAAUUUAUCCACUAGAUGGCAGCAGAGUUCCGUCCUGAGUGUCAUUCAGUGCUUAACCUCAUAAAGCGGGUCAUUCCACGCCCCCCCACGCCUGAGCCCGACUCGGGUUUAAUUGUCAUUACAUAGAAUUCCGAGCCCAAGCCACCUUCAGGGGUACUUUGGGGCUCAAUUGCGCCGUCUCUGGUGUGAUACGUGUUGUUCUUCAGGGGAAUCAAUUUUAUGCCCCAUCUUCGGACCGCCUCACAUCACCAGCUUAUGUACAAAUGGAAUUUUAUUCUUAAAGGGACUUCAUUCGAUUUGUGGGCGCAUGUCUAAUGUUCAAACACAAGGGCUCAAUGUCACAACCAUUCUUUUAUUCUCAUGGUGACGCCUGAGACACACACACACACAAACACACACACUCAUUCACUGCAGGAGUGUCUCCCCUCGGAGUGAUUUGUUCUACUAUUAGUUGUGCAAAGAGCCCUCUGAUAGCUCUGGACAGAAUGUUAAAAAAGCAAUAAAUAAAUAAAUAAAAAGCCCACCUGAAUGUUUAUUUGUCCAUUAGCUUCUGAAAUAUUCAAAUUAAUAAGCAGACACAAAAGCCCCGUGACAGAUUACCAGGCGAUUGAUUAAAGGACGGUGCAGCCAUGAAGACAACAACAGAGACAGAAAAAGUCACCUGAUAGUGGCAGGGCCAGGUGACAGUAUAAUAAUGUCUUAAGGAUCAGUCUGUCCCCCCCCAAGCCCCAAGGUGACAGCAGGUGAACCCAAGGUGGGAAAGUGAAGUAGCAGUGCUGAUCACCCAGCCCUUGUAAAUUCAUGUCAUGGACAGGGGAGGCCACCAGAGGGCACUCUAUGAAGAGCUUUGAGUUAUUGGCAGGGCGCUAUAAUCCCCUGAUCCACUGGUGGGCUCAUGUCAGAGACUUUGAGGAGGUGAGGAGGCUGAAGGGACACGCUGGAGGAAUCCAGAAGAGCCAAAGUGAAACAAGUGGGGACACAAGUGGGGACAAACGUGUGACAGGAGUGUUGGCCAUCCUUCAUGUAAUUUCAGAGAAGUAGCUACAACUUGCUUAACACUGUUUGCAAUUUUGACUUUGUGUAAGUCCCUUUGAUCAUCCCUCCCUUGAUUCUGAUUUAUUAAAACCCUUAUUUUUGAUACAA